AUGCGUUUUACUCCUGUCUUUGCUAUGCUUGCACUUCUCGGCACCGGCGCAAUUGGGGCUGCCGUGGGGCUUCCCCCUCAAGAACCGGACAGCCAUCAGCAACUGUCGCCUGCUAGCGACAGGCCCGAAGAUUUUGACAAGCGGCUUUUCAAGGGUAACCUCCUGUAUCGUGACGUUGAUGAGAAUGAACCUGAGCGUCUUAACAAGCGCGUCUUUGGUGAUAUCAAAUAUCGCCAGCUCGAUGACACCGACCCUGGGAGUCUGGACAAGCGUCUCCACAGGGCCAUCGUCUACCGGAAGUCUGAUGACACUGAACCUGAAAGCCUCGACAAGCGUAAAUAUGCCAAUCUCAACUAUCGCAGUUCCGACGAGACCAAUCCUGAGAGUCUGGACAAGCGGCUUCACAGGACAAUUGUCUACCGCGACUCUGACGACACUGAAAUGGGAAGUCUGGACAAACGUCUCCACAGGGCCAUCGUCUACCGCAAGUCCGAUGAGACCGACCCCGAGAGUCUGGACAAGCGUGUCUUUGGCGAUAUCAAAUACCGCCAGCUUGAUGAAACCGAUCCUGAGAACAUUGACAAGCGGCUUAACAAGGGAAAUAUCUACCGCAGAGAGGCUUGA